AUGAUAAAACUGUGCCGAUCGCUGCGAGGGCCAUGCGCAUCCCCAACGGUGGGGGCGUCUGUUAUGCCUACAGAGCAGCAAGACACCGUACCAGCGGAACAGCCCAUUUACCUGAAACCAAGUCGAAGUAAGUACCGUAAACCCAGCUUCGUUUUUCCACGUAUGAGGGAUCAUCUCCCAUCUUACGCCUAUAGGGCACCCUCGCUCAGCACGGCCUCACCAAUGUUCUGUAUAACGUCUCCUUCGUGUGAAUAUUAUGCCCUACGUCUGCCACUGUUGAAGGCUGGAUUCAAACGACUCCACACACAUUUAGCGCCGAAAAUCCCCAGUAAUCUACUCUGGGGGCGCUCAUUGAUGAUUCGGCCUACGGCACCCAUUAAGACAGACGCGGGGAACACUGGAGGUGCUGUCCAACUCACAUCUCCACAUAUUAUGGGUGUAGAAGGAGUGAGCAGCACCGAAGCAUUGCAGAUGGUUUGUGCACAUCAGCGUUUUAAUCACUUUCCACGCACCUACAGUACACUCGGCUGUAAACUGGGUUUGGCGCAACGGCUUCACCGUGUAAAGAAGUCACUUGAAAGGGAAGGGGUGAAGAGAGACGUAUUUGAUUUCUUCCCCCAAACAUGGAUAUUCCCCGAGCAGAAAGAAUCUCUCAUGAAGGCAAUGGAUCAAGCAAGACCCACGCAGCGCUUCAUUUGGAAACCUGCGAGGGGAAGCUGUGGAAAAGGUAUAUUUGUUUGUCCCGGAGGGGAAAAGAACUCCGUGCAUUGGAAGCGUGUUCUGGAGAAGAUGGAGCGACGCGUCUUAACGAGCCCAUCGUUGGUGAACCGCAGUUAUGUGGUGCAGGAAUACGUGGAUGACCCACUGCUCUUGGAGGGGCGUAAGAUGGAUCUUCGCCUCUACGUUGCUGUUACUAGUUAUGACCCACUUACGGUGUACCUUCACGAUGAGGGAUUAGUUCGAUUAGCCGUUCAACAGUAUAACGAAGGCGCACCCGAUGAGGCGACCCGAUGUGACCCUGUGGAGGUCUCUUUGUCUCAUUUUGACCCAUUUCGUGACUUGACGAACUACUCAAUUGGACGUAAGUGGGUAAAGAAGGGGAAGCAAUUUGGAUCUUCGGAAGAGAACUUAGAAGAUGCUGAUCUCAUUGCAAGUGAAGAAAGACGUGAUAUUCAAGCACUACAUUUGAAGAAAAGCAUGGAAGAGCUUUGGAACCAUAUUGAUUCGCUAUGCCCUGUAGCACAACAGCGGUCGGUGUCAACAAUCUGUGCCACGGAGCCACCGAAAAUGCGAACGUCUGACCAUGUGUGGAACAGUAUUGCACAGGUAAUCGUAAAAACACUGUUAGCUGUCAAAUCAACAAUGUCGAAAGGAGUUAAAAGCAAUCUCUCACCUGGAAGCUUUUUUGAGUUGUACGGUUUCGAUAUGAUGUUAGAUUCGAGUCUGAAACCAUGGCUUGUUGAAGUCAAUACGCUACCAUCUCUCGCCAGUACAUCUACAUUCGACUAUACCGUUAAAACCAACAUUAUUUCUGACUUACUAAAUCUCGCCAUGAUCGAACCUUUUGAGCGGCCCUUGGAGUGUCUCAAGGGGGUAAUUGACGAGCAACGUCUACACUCUAUGGGAUUGUGCGACUCUCUUACGUUAGAAGCUGCGGAAUCGGUGCAUCGUUGGAAGGGCCAUCACCGGAGCCAUUAUAAUCCCACACAACUGGGGGAUCUGGAGAAGAGGGAAGAAGUGUGGUUGCGCCUGCAGGAUGAACUGGCGUACUGCCGCGGCUUCCGUCGAAUCUUUCCGCCACUUCUCACCUCCCACUCAACAUCUUUUCCUCUAGCUGAUGUGGAUGUCUUAGCACCGCAUGUUAAUUUAACCAAAGCCGAUAUGUGGGCAUUGGAGGCUUGA